CAUGAACACCCCACAUGGUACCACUUCCGGCCGAGGCCAUCUUCGGCCCAUUCGAUCCGGUCAUUCCAUCACAUCGCCGCAGGUAUUUCGUGCUUGAGAUUAAAUUUAUUUAGGUAAACCGACCAUGUUGGACAACAUUCCCUCCGAGAUCCCCCCAGAGAACCUCGCUGCUCUCGCCGAGGACCACUACUUUGCGGCCAACCCCCCGCCGAGGGACCUCGACAAGCAUGUGGCCCUGGCCCGCGACUUCAUCGACUACCACUCCUCUGCGGGAAGACGACUAGUGCUGAUCACGUCUGGGGGAACGACUGUGCCGCUUGAAAAGCAAACAGUGCGCUUUAUCGACAACUUCUCUGCCGGCACUCGCGGAGCUACAAGCGCCGAGUAUUUCCUCGAAGCUGGAUAUGCAGUUCUGUUCCUACACCGUCAAUUCUCCCUCCUCCCAUUCUCGCGCCACUACAGCCAUGCAACCGACUGCUUCCUGGACUUCCUCCGGGAAGGGCCCAAUGGCAGCGUCGUGGCCCGUGACGAGGACACGGCCAAGAUGCUGCAUGUCCUGCGGAAGUACCGUGAUGCACGGGACCGCAACAUGCUACUUCUACUGCCAUUCGUCAGCAUUUCCGACUAUCUCCACGAGCUGCGCAGCGUCGCCCAGCUGAUGCGCCCACUUGGCCCACGGGGGCUGCUGUAUCUGGCUGCCGCCGUGAGCGACUUCUUCGUCCCACCGGAGCGCAUGUCGGAACACAAGAUCCAGAGCACAAGUGCCGCGGAUGUUUUCAAGAGAAACAACAAUGGUGGUUCCCAGGCAGCAACCGAAGAAGAGGAAACAUUCGACAACUUUGACUCCUCGCCAUCAGUGCCCAGGAGCAAGCGCCUGGUUAUCGACCUAGACCCAGUACCCAAAUUCCUUAAGAACCUGGUUGAGGGCUGGUCGCCGCAGGGCAUGAUUGUCUCCUUCAAGCUCGAGACGGACCCAGCAAUCCUCGUGCACAAGGCCAGAUACUCGCUUGAUCGUUAUCAGCAUCAUCUCGUGAUUGGCAACCUAUUAUCCACUCGAAAGUGGGAAGUUGUGUUCGUCUCGCCCGGGAACCCAGACCACUGGAUCCGCGUGCCGUUUCGUAAGCAUGGCGGCGAAAGCGGAACCUCCGUGGCAGGCACAGAACAGGACGAGCCGAUUGACCCCAAGAGUUUGCCGGAGGGCGAACCUGAAGUGGAAAUCGAAAGCCUCAUCAUCCCGGCCGUCCAAGAGUUGCAUUCCAAGUAUAUCCGAACAGUUGAGGACAAAGGACAGCCGUAAGGUGAAACUUUGGAUUCGGUAGCGGUGUCUCGAUAUAGAUUAGGGCGACUCUACCGUUGAUAUUGCAUCUUGCAGGCGACAGUGGCUGCUGCCCCGCAUCCCCAGAGAUCCAGAACGUGGCCAGACAUCUCAAUGUAGUUCAAGCGGAGCGCUUUCGUGGUCGGUAGCCUUGUGGCAUCCCUUCUGGGUGCCCCUAGUCCAUCGCCUCUCAUGUCCCAACUGCCUUCUGUCUCGUCACCCAACAGAUGGCGCCACUGACACUGCGUCGAGUCCUGGUUGUCACAUGCUUCGCCCCCGCUGACAUGCUUCAUCUUGUUUUACAGAGAAGACUUGAUGCGACACUCAACGACUCAAAAGCUUUUG